AAAUCUCCGGGUCCCCCACACCCCGACCCUUUAUUUCCGUUCCCAAAGAAGAAAGAGUUCGACGAAACCGAAGCUGAUCUGCAGAAACCGAACGCUUUUGGCUUUGCCUUUUCGCAGCCGACGCUCGGCGACUUCCCCGCCACCUCCCAAGUCCCCAGCACAGCAGGCGCGCGCACCUCCCUUCUCUUCUACGUCACCCCUGUUUUCUCUCACUCUUUUUCGUUGAACAGGUUCUCUCUCUCAUUCGUUCUUAUCCACGCCUUAUCCCUUCUCGCUUUGUUCUUGAACACGCCCUCUUUUGUAUGAGUUGUUUUAGUCAUACUUAUAUAUAGAUUGCGAACUCCCAGUUCGCCUUUUUGUUCCCUGGAGGAGAAAUUUUCUGGAAAGUUCGUGUGAAUAGACAAGGAAAGCCCGAGCGAGUAGGUUACAAAAAGGUUUCUUUUUCGAAGUGAUUCCUACAGUUUUGGGCCCCCAAUUGAACAACGAAGGAUACCCUCUUGGGUGGAGUCCGGAUUCGUUCUGUUUGGUGUGUUGAUUAGGGGUGCUCUGUUUUCGUGGGGGGAAUUGAGGUUCUAAUUAGCAGCCCAGGGCGGUCAUUCGAUCCCGUGCGUCAUGGAUGCCAGAUUGGUGAAGUCGGGCAUCGCUUUCACGCGGAGGAGGAAGAGGUGGAUUCUCGCGGUUGCGGCUCUAGCGUGUUCUGGUUACGGCGCGUACAGGGUGUAUAACUCGCCCCUGGUUGCUCGGAAGAGGAGGAGGUUCUUGAAGCUCGUGGGGGCUUUGGUUUCAUUGGCCGAGGCUGUGUCCGAAUCAUCCGAGACCAUCGCACUCGUCUCAAAAGAUCUGAAGGAGUUCCUGAGGUCUGACUCCGAUGAGGUCCCAAACAGCUUGAAGCAAAUUUCAAAGAUCGCAAGGUCAACGGAGUUGUUGAAGUCCAUAACUGAGGUAUCCAGGGCUUUGACUGUGGGUGCUCUGCGCGGUUAUAGGUCUGAGUCUAAGAACAAUGUCCAUGGAAAUGGUGGGAAUUCGGGUUUCGCGGAUCAGGUUCUGGAUAAGCUUUUUACGCCUGCAGGGUCUGGUUUCGCAUCUGUUGUGGUAGGCAGUCUAGCCAGGAACUUGGUCAUGGCUAUUCAUGCCGCCAAGCCUUCUAGUCAGCAAUCACAAUUCGGCAAUCCAGAUGGUAGCGAUCAUUCUACCACAGAAGGGAGUACUGUUCUGAGAUGGCUAAAUGUGCUGUGCGAUGACAAGGUCAAGGAUUUAGUUGGUGAUUGCAUUCAGCUACUUGUGAGCACUGCAGUCACUGUUUAUUUGGAGAAGACGAUGGAGGUUAACACCUAUGACGAUCUUUUCUCCGGGUUGACAAAUCCGAAGCAUGAGAAGAAAGUGAAAGAGAUGUUGGUGUCUGUUUGCAAUGGUACGGUCGAGACUCUGGUGAAAACAUCUCACAAUGUGCUGAAAAGUUCAAAAUCGAAUGCUAAUUCGUGUCCGGGUUCUCCUCGUUUGGCUAUAGAGGGAAGCAAAGGAUUGAGAUUCAAUGGAGUGUCAUCAACUUUGGCUGUCCCCAGCAAUCGGAGGCUCGUUCUCGAUGUGACCGGUAGGGUUACAUCCGAAACCGUGAGAUCUCUCUUGGAGUAUUUGACAGAGAAACUCUACGAUGGUAUGAGGCAGGGCGUUAAUGCUGUUCACGAGGAAGUUCUGGAUAGGGGUGUCGAAGUUGUGAGAUAUGUCACGGCUAAGUCAUCCACCAUCACCACCAUUUGUCUCUCUUUGUGCUUGCAUGUGCUGGAUGGUGCUUCUAUUUUGGCACCAUUUUGACCGGACAAAUCUAUUUCUCUUGAUCACCUCGGUCAUCCGGUAUAUUUCUUCUGAAGUUUGAACCUUGCAAGAGCGGCCAGGAAGUGCCCAGGAGUGUCCUCUUAACCGCCAUGGUGCUACUAGUCUGUUCAUUCAGUUUUUGUUGCUCUGCCCUCUCUGCAUACGAAGUCUCUUCGG